AUGAUAUCUGAAAAUCCUGCUACAUUAUUACCUGCUGCUGCACUUAUUUUUGGUAGUGCUUCGAUAACAACCACAACACAACAACCAGAAUUUUCUGCUGAGCAAGGAGGGGGGACAUUUUGUUUAAAGGAAGAAAAUGAAUAUGAAGAAGAUAAAGUUGAGGAAGAAGAACAAAAUAAUUUUGAGGGACAAGAACAAUCAACACAGGACGCUGCUGAAGCAGCUGCUAAUCUUAUUAGUUUUUUAAUGGAAUCAACAAAUAAUUCGAAUAAUUUGGCUGGUGAAUAA